CACAUGACAAAGUGAAAUUUGACACACUGAGGAACCUAGUGUCUGUGUCUGUGCGGCGGAGAGCACUUACUCGGAGAACGUUAAUCCUGAAGUGGAAACAUGACGCGACUCUUCAAAUUCACCCUCAGCCUGUUACCAUGGAUCCCAGCCUUCUUCUGCUGGGUAACCACUGUGGACGAAGUUAGGGUCCUGGAGGGGGGAUCCAUCACCGUCCCGUGUCGAUAUGACCCUCAGUAUGCCAACCAUGUAAAAUACUGGUGUUGGGGGAGCAUGAGAGAGUUCUGCAGCAGCUUGGCCCGAACUGAUGAGACCCACCCGACCAAUCCAACAGAGGACAAAGUGAGCAUUUUUGAUGACCCAGCCCAGGCGGUGUUCACAGUAACCAUGAACAACCUGAAAGAGGGGGAGUCUGGGUGGUACAUGUGUGGUGUGGAACUAGGUAACGGGUGGAAGCCUGACGACGUUGCUUUCACUAAGGUCAAAGUCAUUCACGGUAUGUCAGUCAUGAACAGCGUGGUGAGCGGGGAAGAAGGAGGUACUGUCGCGGUUGAAUGCCUUUACAGUGAGAGAUACAGAGGAAGUGAGAAGAAGUGGUGUCGGAGUGGAGGCUGGAGCUCCUGUCUGUCAACAGGUUCUGAAGGGAGUUACGAAGAUGCUUCAGUGGCCAUCAGCGAUGACAGAACUAGGGCUUUCACUGUAACCUUAAAGAAGCUGCAGAUGAGAGAUGCUGGCUGGUAUUUAUGCUCUGCAGGCCAGCAGCAAGUGCCUGUACAGGUGCAGGUAACACCACGAUCCUCUACUACAGCAGAGUCUGUGACAUCCCCACCUACUCCUGGUCAUUCUGCUGUGUACGUCCCUCCACCCAAACCCAUCACUAAGGAGUCCUGGAACAGUCACCGUCAGAUGUUGGAGUCUGUAGCGGUGUGUUCGGCUCUCAUGUUCCUUGUGGGCUUGGCCAUAUUGGCAAGAAAGUUGUGGAUACUGCACAGAUAAUCCAGGGAAUGUGAGUGACCUGCAAAAUGCUCCUAUUGUUUUCCAUAACAAAGAAACCAAGAACACACAUCUUUACUAAAAUGGUUCUCUGCUGUGUUCAUUGUUACUCUUUGUGACUGAAUGUAAUUUUUGCAUCAACUUUCCAGACAGAACAUAUGCUCUUUGUGUCAGUAUCUUUUUAACAUACCAUAUCAUGUGUAAAGAGAGUUAUAUGUUCAGCUUCCUGCAAUAUGAAUCUGGCACAUUAUUAUCUUGAGGUCUUUAUUUAGACUCUGUGUUUUUAGACUGAUUCCAGUUUUAGACUCAAUGAAAUAAAUCAAAAUACUUGUGUUUAUGACUUUUUAUUUACGCACCAGACUCAGUGGGCUCAGUCACUCAUUUCAGGUUAUAUUGAAUAAAAAUAAAGCCUGUUUUCUAAA